GGAGGGAGGGGGAGCGGCGCGGCGCAGCGGGAGGCGAUGGCGGUGCGGAAGAAGGACGGCGGCCCGAACGUCAAGUACUUCGAGUCGUCGGACUCGGUGUCGCAGUUCGACAACGUCAGGCUGUGGCUCGGCAAGAACUACAAGAAGUACAUUCAGGCAGAGCCUCCGACCAACAAGUCCCUGUCCAGCCUCGUGGUGCAGCUGCUGCAGUUCCAGGAGGAGGUGUUUGGGAAACAUGUGAGCAAUCCUCCACUCACCAAACUGCCUAUGAAAUGCUUUCUGGAUUUCAAAGCCGGAGGAGCUCUGUGCCAUAUUCUCGCAGCUGCGUACAAAUUCAAGAGUGACCAAGGAUGGCGACGCUUCGACUUUCAGAACCCAUCUCGUAUGGACCGCAACGUGGAGAUGUUUAUGACCAUUGAAAAGUCUCUGGUUCAGAACAACUGCUUGUCCCGGCCCAACAUUUACCUGAACUCCGAAAUUGAGCCCAAGGUGCUGAGUAAGCUGAAAGACAUCGUUAAGAGGCACCAGGGAACGGUGACAGAAGAGAAGUCAAACGCAUCGCACAUCGUCUUUCCUGUCCCCGGCAGCGCCGAGGAAGAAGAGUGGGUUCGGCCGGUAAUGAAGAGGGAAAAACAGGUCCUCCUGCACUGGGGAUAUUCCCCGGACAGUUACGACACGUGGAUUCCAGCCAACGAGAUCGAGGCGUCGAUUGAGGACCCGCCAUCCGCAGAGCGACCCCGCAAGGUCCACGCCAAGUGGAUAAUGGACACUGACACUUUCAACGAAUGGAUGAACGAGGAAGAUUACGAGGUGAAUGAUGAGCGGAAUCCCGUGGUGCGGAGGAAAAGAAUUUCGGCCAAAACCUUGACCGAAGAGGUGCACAGCCCCGACUCCGAUAGGAGAGACAAGAAGGGGAGCAGCCACAAGAAGAGGAAGCGUUCCCCAUCACCCUCACCCACCCCCGACUCCAAGAAAAAAAACCCCAAGAAAGGACGCAGUCCUGCCACACCAUACACCAAGUCAAAGCGUGGCCACCGAGAGGAGGACCAGGAGGACCUCACCAAAGACAUGGACGAACCCUCCCCUGUCCCCAACGUGGAAGAGGUCACCUUGCCCAAGACCGUGAAUACCAAGAAAGACUCCGAGACAGCUCCAGUGAAAGGUGGCACCAUGACUGAUUUAGAGGAGCAGGAGGAGGAUAACUUGGAGACCACAGGCAAGGACGAGGAGGACACUUCCGCGGGGGGGAAGGGCGAGCAGACGAAGAACACCGACCUACACGAGGACAACGUGACCGAGCAAACCCACCACAUCAUCAUCCCCAGCUACGCCGCCUGGUUCGACUACAACAGCGUCCACGCCAUCGAGCGACGCGCUCUCCCGGAAUUCUUCAACGGGAAAAACAAGUCCAAGACCCCGGAAAUUUAUCUGGCAUACCGUAAUUUUAUGAUUGACACGUACCGCCUGAAUCCCCAGGAAUAUCUUACCUCCACGGCCUGCCGUAGGAACCUGGCGGGGGACGUGUGCGCUAUCAUGAGGGUUCAUGCUUUCCUGGAGCAGUGGGGUUUGAUCAACUAUCAAGUGGACGCAGAGAGCAGACCCACCCCUAUGGGACCUCCCCCCACCUCACAUUUCCAUGUGCUGGCGGACACACCCUCUGGCCUCGUGCCUCUUCAACCCAAAGCCCCCCAGUCGUCUGCGUCCCAGCAAAUGCUCAACUUCCCCGACAAAAACAAGGAGAAGACGGCAGACAUGCAGAACUUUGGGCUGCGCACGGACAUGUACGCCAAGAAAAACGUCCCCUCUAAGAGUAAGGCGGCAGCUUGUGCAACACGAGAAUGGACAGAACAGGAGACACUCUUACUGCUUGAGGCCCUGGAGAUGUACAAAGACGAUUGGAAUAAAGUCUCGGAGCAUGUGGGCAGCCGGACGCAGGACGAGUGUAUCCUGCACUUCCUGCGGCUGCCGAUCGAGGACCCCUACCUGGAGGACUCGGAGGCCUCGCUGGGACCCCUGGCCUACCAGCCCAUCCCCUUCAGCCAGUCAGGCAACCCCGUCAUGAGCACCGUGGCCUUCCUCGCCUCCGUGGUCGACCCACGAGUGGCCUCUGCAGCAGCCAAGUCAGCGCUGGAGGAGUUCUCCAAGAUGAAGGAGGAGGUGCCGGCGGCUCUGGUCGAAGCUCAUAUCAAGAAGGUGGAGGACGCGGCCAAGGUGACCGGGAAAGCGGAUCCCACGUACGGCCUGGACAGCAGUGGGAUCGCGGGGACGACCCCGGAUGAGCCGGAGAAAUCAGAGGAGGGGGCCGAUGAGCUGAAGUCGGACGCGCAAACGGCAGAAGAGAAAAAAGAAGCAAAGGAGCACAAGGAGGCGCCGACUGAGGACGAGAAUAAGGAGAAGCAGUCGGAGGCUUCCAGGAAGGAAGAAGAGAAAGGAAAAGAGUGCGAGGCGGAGAAGGAGAACGACAAGUCCGACGCGGAGAUCGCCGAGGCGGAGAAGGACAAAGAAAACAAAGAAUUCCAAGACGACGGGAAGAAGGACGUGGAGACGGACGCGGAGAAGAAAGCCAAAGUGGAGCGGGACAUCGGGGAGGGGAACCUGGCCACGGCCGCUGCAGCCGCACUAGCAGCAGCCGCUGUCAAGGCCAAGCACCUGGCCGCGGUGGAGGAGAGGAAGAUCAAGUCGCUGGUGGCGUUGCUCGUGGAGACGCAGAUGAAGAAGCUGGAGAUCAAACUGCGGCACUUUGAGGAGCUGGAGACCAUCAUGGACCGGGAGCGAGAGGCGCUGGAGUACCAGAGGCAGCAGCUGCUGUCCGACAGACAGGCCUUCCACAUGGAGCAGCUGAAGUACGCGGAGAUGCGAGCGCGGCAGCAGCACUUCCAACAGAUGCAGCAGCAGCAACAGCAGCACCAGCUGCCCUCGGGCCCUCAGCCCAGCCAACAGCCAGGGCUGCUGCCAGCCUCCGUGCAGCCCGUGCCCCCCGCAGCCAUCCAGCAGGCGCCGGUCAGCCAGGCCUCGGGGGACACCAUGACCUCGGCCGUGCCCCAGCCCCCCGCCGCCCCCCAACAGCAACAGCAGCAGCAACAACAGACGACGGCCGCCCCUCAAGCUCAACCCCAGCAAACCGCCCAGCCGCCCAACAUUCCCCACGGUCAGACAGCGUUCCCGGGCCAGCCCGCUCCGCCGUCCCAGCUGAACCCCAGCCCAGUGGGGCCGCCGGCGGCUUUGCCUGGUAAUACGCCGGACGGCAUUCCACAUAGCGUCACGGAGAGCAUUCCCGCCCAUCUGCCCGACCCGGCCGUGCAUGGCUACGUACCCAGCAGCAUGCGUGGGAGUCUCGCGGGCGAGCCCGUUAUUCGGCCGAGCUCUCUGCACCCUAACCUGCCAGGUGCCUGCGUCCCACCCUCCGUGUCUUUGACCCCCAACCCAGGUUCAGCCGCCGCUCAGAGCCCGGCGAUAGUGGCAGCCAUGCAGGGGAGCUCGAUGCCCACGGCCAGUCCCCUGGCAGAGCCGGGAGCGUCGAUACAGACAGACUUGAUGGCUCCCCCCCCCUCGGUGGUAGCUGCUUCUGUCCCCUCCUCACAGUGAGACGCCGAGUGAGAGCUGCAGUAGCCGGAGACAGGCAAACCCGUCUCCAAACACAAACUAGUUCCAAUUUCACAAGAGUUAAAUCAACGUGAAGAGAAGCCCAGGAAGGCACGGAUAUCCCCCUGCCCCCUCCCGCUCC